CCCACUGGGCCGCCGCCCCUCGCCCCCACCCGGGAGCAUGUCCCUGCUGACCAACUACGAGGGCCUUCGGCAGCAGAUCGAGCGGCUGGUGAGGGAGAAUGAAGAGCUCAAGAAACUGGUGCGGCUCAUUCGGGAGAACCAGGAGCUGCGCUCCACGCUCCGGAGCCAGGGCACCGUACUCACCGCCGGGGCCGGGGCCGGGGCCGGGGCCGGGGUUGGGUUCAGUGGGCUCAGCGAGGCAGCCGGCCCGGCCCCCCAGGCCUCCGGCCGCAGGAACGUCGAAUUCAGGGACAAAGGCAAUUUCCUGCCGCUGUCGGCGGUGCCCGUGUCGGACCCGGCGGCGGAGAACUCGGCGCUGACCUCGCUUCACCUGCCCGCGUCCAACAGGAGCCACCUGAGCAGCCUGCUGGCCACUGGGACCGACCCCGGACAGGCCCGACUCGCCCCCUCCGGGACCCGCAGGGAUCCGAGCCUCGGUGCCGCCACUGCCGCCUCCCCCAUGGGGGGUGGGGGGCGGACGGGAACAGGCUCCAAGCCGUCCGUGGGCUGGGACACCUCUCUGGAAGCGGAGUCCUUCAACGCUGCCUUCCUGGGCUCCCCGGUUCUGACCUCCACACCUGUGGGCGCCUCUGCCAUUCUGGCUCCCAUGCCUGCCCCCAUCUCCACCUCCCUCUCAGGCCUCCCCUUCGCGUCCUUGGACGGUUCCCGGCCCCAUUCCCAACCUCCGGCCCAGGGCCAUUCCCAAUCCCAGGCUCCGGCCCCUGCCCAGUCCCAAGGCCAACUUGAAGCCCAACUCGAGGCCCAACACGACCUCCAGGGUGCCGCUGCCCCAUCGCAUAUGGCGGAUACCUCACGGAAGAGCUUCCUGGAGAUGGAAAGAAAGAUGGCGCACAGGAGGUCUAGCAAGUUUCAGGAUCCCUCCAAAGACUCAAAGCAGCUGACCUGGGAGCGGCUAGUGGGGGAAAUUGCCUUCCAGCUGGACCGGCGCAUCCUUUCCAGCAUCUUCCCCGAGCGGGUGCGGCUCUACGGUUUCACCGUCUCCAACGUCCCUGAGAAGAUCAUCCAGGCCUCUUUGAACCCCGUCACGCGCAAGCUGGACGAGGAGCAGUGCCAACUUCUGACCCAGCGCUACGUGAGCGUCAUGAACCGGCUGCACGGCCUGGGCUACGACAGCAAGGUGCACCCGGCCCUGACCGAGCAACUGGUCAACACCUACGGCAUCCUGCGGGAGCGGCCCGAGCUGACGGCCUCCGACAGCGGGGCGUACAACAGCAUGGACUUCCUGAAGCGCGUGGUGCUGGAGACGGUCCCCCCUGGCCUGCUGACCGACGCCCUGCUGCUCCUCUCCUGCCUCGGCCAGCUCUCCCAGGACGACGGCAAACCCAUGUUCAUCUGGUGAUGCGCCCCGACUUUCGGCACGGUCCCCGAGGAAGCACUGACUCCUUUUCGAGGCUCCGGGAAGCUUAUCCAUGGCCCUGACCCCCUGGGACCACCCACUAGGCACGGCCCUUGGGUCCCUCCCAACCCACCUCGGGGAGCCAAUAAAUGAUUGCUCUCACAGGGGCUGGGAGUCCAGGCUCCUGGCUCCUUUCCUGGCUCUGCCCUAGUCUUGCAGUGGAUUCAGUCCUCACUGCCAGUCCAAAACAGCAACCCCAGUCCCAGCCGCCAAUUUUUUUUAAACUUGGAAAAAUCCAUAUCCUACUAAUAAGUGUGACAUCAUUUAGGAGGUCCGCAUAAAUAUCAAGGGAAUGGAGAGGGCCCGAGCAGAGUAACUGGAUCAGGUCUGUGCCUAAGCAUUUUUGAUGGACAAUAGGAUGGGCAAAGGGGAACAAGGAGAAGAGAAGCUGACGUAAAUGGCAACUUGUGCCCUCUCCUCCGGCCCGCCCUCUGUGCUGUUUCCAGCUGAGCCGUAAGUUCGGCAGUAAAGGAGAGCGAACGGCUGACCCUGGGAGGGAGAGUUGCACCUCCCCAUCAGAAAAAGAGCAAGGGGAUCCUCGCUCGGACGACAAGAUUGGAUUUUUGCUCCCAUACCACUUGUUCCUUAGAAGAGCUUCUGCAGAGAGAGCGGCCACUUCACGCCCCUGGCUUCUCUUCAUGAACCUUCCCCGCAGAGGACUAUAGGAGCUGAGGCAACCCAUGAAAUAAACCCCCUUCCCCAGGCCCCUAGGCCGGUGGGAAUCAGAGGGCACUCGCCUCCAGCCCACUUCUUCGCUGCUACUCCUCCAAUACUCUGGGCGCCCUUCGGCCUCAAGGAGAGACGGAGACGUGAAGAGAAAGACGGAAGGAAACUGGAAGGGGGGAAGGCUGUGGAGCAAUAGAACAGUUAAUGCUACCGUCUGAGGAAGGAGUGGAUGUAGGUGUGGAGGGGGUGACACCCCCUGCCUUUCCUGCCACCAGAUGGGAAGUUCCCUAUCCUAACCGGGACCCUGUUACAUCAGCAAGUGGUAGAAAUAAAAACUGAAACCGA